GCCGUAAAAUCAGUUGUUGCGCGACGUUUCCUAUUGAAGGUUCGUUUCGUGGCUUUUCUCUUUAAACUUUUUUGGGUUGUUGCUACAAAAAAACACAAGAAAUAUCUAAUUUUUAUACAAAAGUAUUUACUUAAAUAAGUAAUAGUGUUCAAAAUAAUAGAAAUUAUUAAAAAAAAGAAAAUUUCCACAAAGUGUUAAGGCUUAAAAAUAAAAGUGCAAAAAGAAGAAAUUCGUUGCUUUUUUUACCACGUCUCAAAUUUCUUUUUGUCUUUCAUAUUUUAUAAAUUUUUCUACAUUUGUGUGUUAACAACACCUUUCUAUUAGUAAGCAACUAAAGUAAAAAAAAAAAACACAACAACAACAAUAACAACAGCAGCUCGGCAAAAGCAAUAGCAGCAAAUUAAUAAAACGACGUAGUUGUUGUAGUUAAUUUCAAAGUCUUCGAAUUGUAUAUUUAAAUAAAACAAAAGCAAAAUUUAAAAAAAUAAAAAAAAAGUGGCCUUAUGAAUAAUUAAUUAAAAAAUAUCUAGUUAAAGUUUAAUACGAAACUUAGUGUGAAAGUAACCAAAAAAAGUUGAAAUUUUUUUAUAUAAAAAAAUUAUUACAAAACAAAAGGUUUUGCAAACGAAAUUACAAAAAAAAUCCUGUACACGAGGAUCUGUAUCGUGUUGUUUUUAAAACGAAAGAAAAGAAAAUCCUACUGUAAAAAAGUUCCACCUUUAAGUGCUCUUAUUAUAUAAAAAUCAAAAAUAAUUAAAAGCAACAAAAUCUACUAUCAUUUGUUGUUGUUAUUUUUACCCCCCUCACACUACAAAACAUACAUAUCAUCAUUGCUACUUGGUCAACCUUAGCUGCUGAGACAAACGCGAAUACCAGGUAAAGUCUGUUGAUAACCAACUGAAAAAACCCACAAAAUAAAUAUUAUUUAAAUAAAAUUAUCACUUAUCAGUGUUUCCCUAACUGCCUUAUCUAAACAAAAAAAUAAAACAAAUCAAAAUAAAUUUACAUAAAACGUGAGCUUCCUAUUUUAAAUUUAAUACAAAUUUAAUAAAAAAAAUCAAAUAAUUAAUUAAAAUCGAACAAAAGUAACCGUUACAACGAAAAAGGUUGUGUUUUUAACUAAAACAAGCAAAAUCAAAAUUAAUCUAAAGCAAGUUAUUAAAGUUUAGAAAAAAAAACAACUUAAAGCCUUAAAAAAACAACAACCCCUCAACAUGGAAUCCAUGGAAUAUGAAAUGGCACGCAACAUGACGUUGCUGUUCUUUUUAGAACGUUUGCUAGACAAAGGCGAACCUCGUACCGUUCACGACUUAUCGUGUCAAUUUGGCAAUAAGGAAUUCACCAAGGAAAUGCGUCAAAUUGCCGGUGGAUCUCAGUCGGGUUUGAAGAAAUUUUUGGCUCAAUAUCCUUCCAUUUUUCUUGUGGACGGCGAUUACGUGCAAGUGAAUUGUUAUCAACAUUCCAAUUCGGAUGAUGGCAGCUACGGUGGCAGACGUGAUUACAUUAAAGAGGCUAAAGACUAUUUUAAAAAUAAAUUAUUGCAAUACGGCGUUGGUGUCGAGGUACCAGUGCGCAGUCUAUUGGGUCAUAGAUCACAAGCAUCACCACAAGUGAGACAUAUAUCAGGCCAACACAUUAAAGAGUUUACGGAAUUCUUGUCGAAACAUACUGAUACCUUUACGGUAGUAGACGAUCAUGUCACUUUAGUCGGUUGCGAAGAUAUGGAAGAAUUGCCGGCUCGAGAACGUUUGCACUUGCCGCAAACCAAUAUCGAUACCCGGGGUACACAGCAAAUGUUAGAUUUCUUUGCUCAGUGCAUAGAGCUGAAGGGACCUAUGACAGUGGAUCAACUUUUCCACUUAGUCACCACCAAAUUUCCCCAGGAACAAUGGUUGAGAAUGUUUAAGACUCCCAGCGAUUUGAUGACAUUUUUGCGUUUGUUUUCCGAUUGCUUUCACAUACAAGCCAAUCUAGUCACUCUUCUACAGAAACCCAAACUUAGUGAUUCACACAUACAACAGUCUCAAGCUAAAUCCCGAGAGCAGUACAAUGCUAUGAAUAAUAAUCGCAAUAAUCAGCAAAACAAUCAAGCCAACGAUAAACAGGCGCAACAGCAGCAGCAGCAAUCAACACCCCAGCAAGUGAGUGCUGUGCAGCAACGUUUGCUUUCGCCUGCUUUGCGCAACAAUAGUUCUCAACAAAAUGCCAAUACGAAUAAUAACAACAAUAAUAUUGCUUCACCCAAUUUCAAGUUAAAUGCUCCCGUUUCCUCGCAUGUCUCGGGCAACGGUGAUUUGUCACAAAAUCGUUCGGAACCCAAUUCGGGUUUCGACAGCUAUAUACCCAUAUCCGAAAUGAAAUUGGAAAAUCUAUGUGAACGCAACUAUCCCACACCCAAUCAAUGCUCCUCCUAUGGAGGCGGGCACAACAAUCAACAACAACAGCAGCCAGCAGGUGCCAAUCAUACACAAAAUCCACCUGCUAUUACUUUGCCACCCCAACCGCCCACAGAGCGUUUAAACAGUGCCAAUCAAACUUUAAAACAGCGUAUCAACAAUCUGGUUAUACGCACUUUAGCCGAAAACUACGAGAAAGACAAACAAUCUUUAGCCAAUCAACAGGCUGGUACUGUUGGCUACAAUCCUCAAAACUCACCCCACAACAGUCCAAGUCACAAUGCCAAUUCUGUCGGCCAUAAUUCAACUAAUAAUUCUCCUUACACAAAUACUCCUAGUCAUAAUUAUUUCGUUGGUGAUACUUGGAAAAUUAAGGUUCUACAGAAUACCAGUGUCAUUGCCAACAUUAAACAAUCGCUGUUUGUUACGGAAGCCAUGUUGAAGUUUGCCCAACAAAACCCAAAUCAAUCGAUUGUCAUUUCGCUAGAUUGCGAGGGCAUUAAUUUGGGUGUCAAGGGUGAGAUUACCUUAAUAGAGAUUGGCACUACUCGAGGCGAAGCAUUUAUUUUUGAUGUGCGCACUUGUCCCGAAAUGAUUAAUGAUGGCGGUCUUAAGGCCUUGUUGGAACAUGACAAUGUCAUUAAGGUGGUGCAUGAUUGUCGCAAUGAUGCUGUCAAUUUGUAUUUACAGUUUGGUAUUCUAUUGCGUAAUGUUUUCGAUACACAGGCUGCCCAUGCUAUUGUUCAAUAUCAGGAAAAUGGCAAGCAAGUGUACAAGGCCAAAUACAUUUCAUUGAAUUCAUUGUGUGAACAAUACAAUGCCCCCAUUAAUCCCAUCAAGGAGCAGCUGAAACAAAUCUAUCGUCGUGAUCAAAAGUAUUGGGCUAAACGUCCUUUAACUCGUGAAAUGUUACUCUAUGCUGCCGGAGACGUAUUAGUCUUAAUCAAUGAUCAAUUGUAUGGCAACUUAACAAGACAAAUCAAACCAGAAAAUUUGCAAUUAUUUUCUGAACUUUGUACCGAACAAAUAUUAAUGCAUAUCAAACCAAAUGAAGUUAAAAUACGCAAAAAGCAACGUAAAAUAAGUACUGAAGUAUCGGAUCUCAAAAAUAAAUUGGCCCAAACAAAUAAGAGUAUUGUAUUGUCCAAUAGGGAAAUACGUUUAUUAAGAUAUAUGGACUUGACAGAAGAUGAAAAGGAACGUUUGAAGGGUUACUAUAAGGUAGCUAAGAAACUGGAGAAAAUGGAAUCUUCAGGACAGCAAAAUAAAGAUCAAAGUGAUUCCGAGGAUGAGCAGGAAGUCAAUGAAAAUGACAAUUUUCCCAGUUUGGAUUCAGUGCCAUCGGAUAACUCUUUAACUGGCACAUUUUCGCCACGUUUUAGCUCGGAACCACCCAGUUUAACUGAAUCUAUGCAAAUGAUGGAUGAAAUCUUAUCGAAUCAAUCUAUGGAUCGUGUGGCUAAAAUUGAUAAAUUGGAAGCAAUUCUAUCGGCUGUGACUUUAUUGCCCAGUGAUCAAAUUAUUACAUCUAAUUCUAUGCAGGAUCAACUGGGUACAACAAUUGCUACUACGGAUAAUCUACAAAUUGUUAGAGAGAAAACGAAAAACAUGAAAAAUUGCAACUGCCAUGGUGAGGCAAGAAGUACUACACCCACUACCAAUACACGAUCGGUCAAUUCGGAUAAGGGUCAAGUGAAAAUGAUUGAUGCAGCAUCACAAACUCUAAGUACUGGAGAUAUUGUUAUAACGAAAAUCAUAUUUGAAGAUGAACAUGAAAAGGCCAAAGAAAAAGUAAUGACUUCAUCGCCAAAACGUAAUAACUCAUAAAAUAAUAACAGCAACAAAAAAAUGGAAAAACGAGAAACUUAAUUAAAAAAAAAUUGUAAAAAACAAGAAAAUUAAAAAAAAAAAACAAAAAUUGAACACACAU